AUGGCGGUUGGUUUCCCACGCCCCCUCAUCGUCGGCUUGACCGUUAUGUUCGAGGUAAUCGCUAUCACCGCUGUCGCUCUGCGGUUCUGGGCGCAACGCUUGCUGAAGCACAAGUUCUUUGCACACGACAUGUGGAUCGUGAUCGGAUUUGUAAAGUUCAAACGAUUCGAACGCUCAGGUGGUCUCGGACAACAUUCUAUCGAGCUCUACGCCACGCCGUGGAAGAUUGUUGCAUUUCAAAGGGUGAGUAUCGAUCACUGA